UUAGAAAGCCACGGUGACUGUAAUGGGGGCUCAUACUGCAGCAGCUCUCAACAUCUGCUUUUUGUUAAAAGGCCAAAUGGCAGUAUUAGAUGAGCUGUAACUUGGGGGUGAGAAACAUCCUGCAACAACAGGCUCACAUGUCUGGGAACAAAUGAGAGGUGACAAUAGUGAGUUGAACUUGAAAUGACUCUGCUGGAGUUCAAGCAGUAUUACUGUUGCACUUACGCUUAAGGUUUUGAGUGUAGGCUGAUUCACUGCCCCUGUAAAUUGAAAACUGUCCAGCAGGUCAUAGAUACUGUUCUGCUGCAGUCGGCAUGAUUCACCCUGUGUUGAUCUGCUGGAAAUGGGGGAAAGCCAGGCCAGGCCAUUUAAAUUCCACUUUUAAGUUCACCUUGCGUUUGCCUAUUGUAACAAAGUGCCAUUUAUCCAACACAGAAAUCUGCUCUCAGGCGCUAGUCCUGAACAUUAGGAUGUGAAGCCUCGUGAUGUAUAACCCAGGCAUUAUGUGUAAAAGGGGCCGGUUGAAGUUCUCUCUGUCUGAGGCCAUGAUGAAAUCAGCACAAACUGACAAAGUGCAGAGUACACUGACACUGCACUCUUUGAAUCCCCACCCCCGCUGCAAAUCCACCGUCCCAUCUAUUUUCUUUAGCUAAUAAAGCCACAGCUCAGCCUCUUUACCUCACUGGUGUGUAAUUACUAUCUGAGCACUGCAGCCAUGUUGCUAAAUGGUUUUGUUCUCCUUAAGGGGAAUAAUAGCACGAUGCACACAUUUAGUGUUGUCCUAACUGUGGUACCAAAGGUCUGCUGAGGCUCAGCGCUCACUUCUGCGCCGCCGUCCGCACGGUGCAGCAUCUCCAGCUCUUAUCGGAGGGUGUAAAUCACAGAGCACAUUCUGGGGAGCGUAACCCCAUCACAGCCACCUGCAUGGUGAACUACUUUUCUCCUUCUGGAUACUGAUCCCUUUGUCUUGUUGGCUUUAAGUAACUCUUUUUGGAUGGUCAUCAAGACACAGAUGUAAAUACGGUUUCCAAGAACUGGUUUAUCCGUUGCAAAAACCAUGACUCCUUAUCAACGGACAGCAGUUGUGAAUUUGUGCUGCAAAACUGAAACCUAUUUCAUAUUAUAGAGGGUACGUGUGAAGUAAUGACUUAGCCUAUAUAAUAUUUUUCAUUGCAGUUGAUGGUAUUACAGCACAGAUGUUUGCUCACAUUUGUUUUCUGUAGUGAGAAACAUCUUAGCAUUAUAAGACGAAUAUUAAGUCUACAGCGUAAGAUAAAUGUAUCAUCUGACAUCACGUACUAGAUGAAGUCUGGAAUUUUUCAUGUCAUCGCUCCUUUUCUUGAUAUCAACAUUCCUCUGGGUAAAUCCAAGAGUCUGACGCUGUCCAGAGAUGCAGCCGAGUACAGGAGAGAGGGGAUCGUGCUGCGCUUCAAUUAGCACCAUGCAGUAGUCAGAAAAGAUAGCAUUCAGUUGCAUCCUAUCUCCGCUUUACAUAAACACUGACUAAGAGGCCCAGAGGCCUGAGACAGAUACGUCUAUUUACAUGGAGAGAGUAAACACAAGUAUGGAGAAAAGUUCACUAGGCAGUGACUUGAUCUUCAGGCUUACUGAACAGUUUGCUGUUUUGUGUCUGUAAAGUUGCUAUAGUCACCAUUCUUCGUGGAAGAAGCAAACCUGUGUAUUAAAUUACAGAUGUCAUGAGGAUAGAGCACAUUGUGGCAUCCUUUCCCCUACAAGGCCAGUGCACAGAGGUGUAGUCACCAGCUCCUAAGCUACUGAGUGAUAUUAUGAGACUAGGUUGAGUGAAUUUACAAGAGUCCUGAAGCAAAGAUCCCCACGGAUGGCAUUAUGUUACAGUAUUGUAUGUUGUAAAAAUGAAAAAGGCCCUCUGGCCAAAGCAGUUAAAGUAAGACGACCAUGUAGAUAAUGGUGAGCCACUGUUCGCUAGAUGACCCAAAGGUCACGUCACAAAACACUCCUGAAUGAGUUCUAGAGUGUAAACCUGUAGGCUGGGCCUAAUAUUUAAUAUUAGUUGUCUGAUCUGGCUUUGUCCUCGUUCAGUGCUAUUGUGUUUUGGAUGUGAUUUAUAGGAUUGCAACAAUUAGAUACGCCCAGAAAUAAACUAUGAGACACAAUGAUUAGCCUUAAGUAUAAUUAGUCAAUCAUUAAUUAAUCAUUAACAUUUGAAGUGACGCUGGGAGCAGCAGCCAACACUUGCGGUGUGUGAGUCAAACAUAUGACGUUAUCCUGGUGGAUUUGUGUUUUUUUUUCCGGAGCUGGGUAUAAAAUGCUCCUGGGAUAAGAACCCCUUCACGUCCGCGGUUUCUGUCGCCAUCUAGCGGCCACGUGUCGACACGCGCCUCCAGUCUCGUGCUUUCGUUUUGCAGGUGAACGCCAUGGAUUGGUUCAGUCUACGCAGGUGCUCCGGACAGAGCGGACUCCAGCUCCGUUUCCCGUAAACGGAGGGGAGUUUUUUUUUAUCUACCGAAAUAGUUUCGUUGAAAUUACGACGUUUUCACCUCGACGUUGUCGGAUUUCGCCUUCAAAAAAAGCGAUCCGCGCUGCACUUUUUCCACGGAUUGACAGACGCAACAGUUGUUCGUGUCUUGAGGCGAGAAGUUUCCCGGAAUAUCGCCGAGGCUGGGACGUGAUUACCGGCUCGUCGCUCCCACUUCGCCGCCGGAGGAGCCCACUUUUUUAUUAUGUGUCGCCUUUAACCGCAGGUGCCCGCGACCAUGUUGUUCCGCCUGCUCCUGCUGCUCCAGCUGCUGGCCUGCGGGGAGCUGGCCUGUGUCCGAGGGCCUCCCUCCGCACACGAAGCCGACCACGAAGUGUUUCUAGCCGAGGGGGAGGCUCAUUUGUUCCUGGGUCGCCAUCUCCUGCUCAACCGGUUCGAUUUCGAGAUGUUCGUUCAAGGCAACCUGGAAAGAGAAUGCAUUGAAGAAGUGUGUAACUACGAGGAAGCGAGGGAGGUCUUCGAAAACAUCCCGGACACAGAUGCGUUUUGGAAAACAUACCUGGAAGAGAAGGACAAAGGGCCACGGGUUGAUGUGACGGCGCUGCUGGUGGGACUGAUUGCUUCUGGAGUGGCCCUUGUUAUUAUUGUCCUGCUGAUGUGGUACUUCUGCAAAGGCAAACGCAAGAGUAGCGCAGGUUCCGUACAAGGGCGCCGGAACCGGAGCAACGCUACCCUGAUAAUGCACCGGCUGGAGGACGUGUCGUCGUCACAUCCCCUUCACCCUCCUGAGGGUCCACCCCCCGUGGAGGCAGGAGACCCCCGCGGUCUGCCUUCUUAUGAGCAGGCUAUUGCAAAAAAUGGACCGCACGAUGCUCCACCUCCUCCAUAUCCUGGCUCCCGACCCGGAAGUACUCGGCGGUAGCACCUUGAGGACAACGUAUCUGGAUUUCAAUGUGAAGCUCACGUGUAACGUCUGUGUGCAACUUUUUUCCCAGCGCCUCCAAAUGUCGAAUGUGCCUUUUCCUGCUUGCCCUCCUUUCUCUUCCUAGCGCCAGAAGGAUGAUUUUUGUUGGCCUCUGUUUUUUCAGGUGUGUUUAUACUAUGAAAUAUAAUCCCUGCUCUGUGCUGAAUAAGCUUUAUAAUACAUUUUACUGACUUUGCGGCUUGUUAUCAAAAGGAAAAUGAAGAAUCAGUAACAUGUGGUGACAUGCUGCCCAGUGGCUAAAGCUACAAGAUGUGUAUAAUGACAUAGUGUGAAACUGGGCUUUUGUUUGAUUACAGAAGUAUUAAUAGUAAUCCCACAGAGACAGACUGAUGUGUGCUUCCUGUCUCCUUCAAAAGGAAAACAGGACCAGAUCACCGUUAUUAUUGCCAUAAAAGAAAUGUAUGAAAGGUGAUAUUGAUGCGCUGGCCUACCAGCUUGUUUUAACAUUCAUUUCAAGCUUUAAGUCACCAUGUUUUACCUCUUGUUUUCAGAUGUGCAUAUUUUUAUCUUUCAAGUCUGACAGCUUGUGUCAGCAUCAGCAACCAUAAUGAGUGUGUGCAUUUAUUAUUUGAAGUCAUUUUUUACUUCAGCGUCUACUCAACUUUCGAGGGGAAGUUAUGUCAGUGUAAAUUAUCAUUAUCAAUGUUUCAUCCUUACAAUAUGAGAAAUGAUUAAGUGUUGGCUUGUUGAGUACAAUCUGAAGCUUAGAAUUGUGAAACAGAGAUCUUUAUGAAGGUUUUUGCAUUAAAGUGUAUAUUUUAAUUAUUUAA